CUUGCGGUGUCCCAGUUCCAAUGCGAUGUAUUUACCAGCAGGAGUAAUGAAACGAGUGGAGGGUUAUUUUCCGCAGCUUAUUGGUGAGACCGCAAAAGACUAACGCACAGAGAGGACAGACACAAACUUUCGGUUAGAGGACCAUAGCGUCAAUUAUCUGUGUUUGAAAGCGUCUGUAGCCUUUUAUUCAGUUAUUUGUUUCUUGCAGCCAAGCGAUACUUUGUCGCAGUUCGUUGGAAGUGAUUUACUGGGCAAUGGUGAAGAAGGACACAUUUUGCUGAAUUGACGCCUUUUACCUGUGUUUUCUGCCUAAACUUCACUUCGGAUAGGGAACACUGAGGUGAAUCCUAUUUGCGCUUUAAAGUAGCCAGAGGGGCUUCAGCUGCCCUGCACCACUGGAGCCUUCAAUAAUGUCGGGGCAAACACACCACAACCGGCCCCAUCGCUUCUGACCCAACAUGGAGCUCAAGGUCUGGGUGGAUGGAGUCCAGAGGGUCGUCUGUGGGGUCACUGAGACAACCACCUGCCAAGAAGUGGUGAUUGCUCUGGCACAGGCCAUAGGUCGCACUGGGAGAUACACUCUGGUAGAAAAAUGGCGUGACACGGAGCGUCACCUAGCCCCUCAUGAGAGCCCUGUGGCUUCUCUGAACACCUGGGGCCAGUAUGCUGGGGAUGUCCAGCUGAUCCUGCAUCGAACAGGCCCCUCCUUGACUGAACGACCUCCCUCAGAAGGACCCCCUCUCAGAGGGCCUGAACGUGGGCUGCACCGGCAGAGCCUGCCUCCCCUUGCAAAGCUUCGACAUCCCAAUGAUCGCUCCCUCCGCCGCCGUGAACCGCGUCGUAAGUCUCUGACGUUCAGCGGUGCACCGAGAGGCCUUCGGGAGAUAUUGAGCGGAGGCCGAAUCAGCGAGGCCGAGGCGAAGCGAAGACUCCUCCUGGGCAAUGGUGGGAAUCACCACCAUGCAAGACCUGCCAUCGGGACUGCAUCGCCUGGCCUGUGGGCCUGUCGCAUGGAAGACCUGGUCCGACUGGUCGGUCUACAGAGAGAGACUCUCAAUGUGCUGGAGAAGAAGCUGGAGGCCUAUGAGGCUGAGCUCCAGGCCUGGGCUGAAGGGCGAGGGGAGCGAGGUGGAGGGUUUAUUGGUGACCCAGGUGGAGGAGGAGGGCUGAUAGAGGAGAUCCUGAGGUUGGAGAAGCAUCUGAGGAAGAAUGACGUGGAGAUGGAGGAGGAGGAGUUUUGGGCCACUGAGCUGCAGAUUGAGCUAGAGAGUGAGAGACAGCUGGAGGAAAGACUGCAGGAGCUAAGAGGACGCAUGCAGGGCUGUGAAAUGGAGAUUGAAGAAAAGCUGUCAAUGGUACAGAGUGUGGAGGCCGGCCUGGAAGAGGAGCGGCUGCAGAAGCAACGGCAGGAGACCCAGUGGGUCAGUGAGGCAGAGGCUCGGUCCCAGGUGCUCAGGGCCAAGACCGAACUGAAAGCCCAGGAGAGACAAGCUGUCCAGCUGGAGAGCAGCUGCAGAGCAGUGGACAGGUCACUUGGACAAGGCACCAAGAAACUGCAGGAUAUGCAGCACGAGCUGGAACAGCUGACCAAGGAGCUAAGGCAGGUUAACCUGCAGCAGUUCAUUAAGCAGACCGGCACCAAGGUCACAGUGCUGCCUGCCGAACCCAGUGAGGAUGAAAGUACUCACAGCAGUCAUGUUAUAGAUUUAGUUCCCCUUACUGGCUCCCUGAAGCGUCCGGUGUCGUCGCACCAUAUGUCCAGUCACCUCCGGAUCCUCCACAGCCCUCUCACUUCCGGCCUGAAUCCAGAGGGGAUCUACGUGUGAGACAGCUCUGCUACGAGGGAACACGUCAUGUCUCCUUUCCAGAGGUCCUUUCACCUCGGAACACAUUUGUAAGUGGAUAUCUUUGUACAGGAUACCUCAGUAGCACACUACUACGCACUGUUGUCUCAAUUACCUGAAGGCAACCUCGGGUGUGAAGACUCAAAAAGUGAAGGAACAAUGUUGAACUUGAACUGGAAGUCGUGGAGCAGUUGGGUGGGAAUGAAAGAUGGUUGGAAGGAACGAUGGAAAAAAACACACAGCAGCAGCACCAAGUCCAGUCCCUGGAGAUAUUAGGACAUUCUCAACAUCAGGCUGUUGUGGACUUCCUUUAUAAACAUAUCCACUUAAUGUACUUUAGUAACUGCUGAAUGAUUUGUAUUCUUUUCUCACUAGCAUCAUGAUUCAAAACUAUUGCCUUUUGAAUAUUAUUCUUGAGAAUCUUGGUAUGUGAAUUUAAUAAAUAUAUCUCUAAAUUCAUAUGUAAUUUCUGUAGUGAGUAUGUUUUACCCAGCAUAACGUCUGGUUCUUAUAUAAGUAAUGAAGGAUCCACUAUAGUAAACCUGUCUAGAUUCUAUUGUUUUGCAUAUCAGAAUGUAUUCCUGUUGCUCUGACUCUGUUCAUGUUACAACUAUGCACAAAAGGUUAAUCGUUUUGUUACUGACGAAUGUUACUGUGUGUAUGUACCAAAAUGAUUGCUUACUGUAAAUGUUUUCUUACUUUUCAGCUUUAUUUAGUGAAUUACUAUAUUUUAUUACAAAGCGGUGCAUUCACAGUUACAAAAAUGCAGUGCCCUCAUUGGUGCAGUGAUACCUGCAUAAUGAAACGGUGUAAAUGACCCUCUUAAGCUUUUUGUUGUUAAGAUUACUACACAGUAUAUUUUUGCCAAAUGUAUUAUGCUUGUUUUUUUCUGUAAGGACUGAUGGCCAAAGAUUAGCAGGUCUUGUUGCAUGAUUGUGUUGUUAAUAUAGCCAUAUCUGGAUGUGCAAAGCACCCACAGAACAGUAAAUCAGAUAGUUGAAUCUGGUGGCAUGUAAUAAUACAAUGGAUAGCUACAGUGUGUUUGAGCAUGAGAGUGAGUCCGUGAUUAAAGAGACGUGUGUGUGUGUGUGUGUGUGUGCAGGGUCAGAAUAGCCACGGUAUCAAGCCCCUCUUAGGUCGUAGCUCAGCUGCUAAUCACAUCAAAGUGCCUUAUAUUCAUUCCACAGUUGUAUUCAAAUAAUGUACAGUAAAGCUUUAGUAGACAUAUUGAAGCAAUGAUCCUAGUCAGUUUAGGUCAGCUGUUGCUAGAUGUAUUAGUGGCACAUUGCUGCACAGAGAGAAAUGGCACAGCAUCAAAGAGGAAACAACGUUGUGUUUUAUCUGUCAGUAUUUUGUAGAAAUGUCAAUGGAAAGAACAAUAUUGAGAGUGCUUUCCACUCUGCUACUGUAUUAUUGUCACCAUAAUACUAUAUGCUGUAAAAUGCAUUCACAUUUAAUCUGAUUUAUUCCAUCAUGCAACACACACUGUAUACUUUAUUCACCGGUUUAUAUCAGCACCCUCACCCAGGAAUGAAAGCGUUGAUGUGAUACAGAAGAGAAGUCCACCCUGCAACAUUCAGCAUCUACAAAAACACAACACAAUACAUCAUCACUACAGUUUGUCUCUCUCUUUGUCAGUUAACGGAGGUAACAUUCUUAAUCUAUGAUAGUCUAUAUAUUGGAGCGGAUUUUCCCUUUAAGAAACCACUUGUGUGCUUUUUCCACCCGGGGAUGAGACGUAGCUGUGGUCACUGUUUACAACCAUGUAUGUUCUAGAAAACUCUUAAGAUGUCGACUGUACAUAACGUGUUUUUAUUUGACCCUGCCUUAAUAUACUGCAAAGCGUUGACAGAUGUAUGGCUGUAACUGGCUGCUGAUAUGACAUGAAUUGCAUGAUUCAAUAAACCCUCUGACAAAAUGAAA